UCAGCCCUUGUUCAACACCAGCACAUUCCGGCCAGAAACCUGGAGGCCAGCGAUCUAGAUACUCCGGCCGUUCGAUUCCCAACCUACAGCCUUACCUCGACCUUUUUUUUAUUCGAAUCGGAUCAAACCACAAAAGAUGUCACCCAGCACCACCGCCAAGGCCCCUCCCAGGGGGGCACCCUCCUCUUCCACCACCUCCCGGUCCUCCGCCUCCCCGCUCACGAAACCCUACCUCACCCUCUACAACGCGCUCAACUUCAUCCUCUGGGCCACCUGCACCGUGCAGGGCCUCACGCACCUCGCGACCGGCACCCCGCCGCCCCUCAUCUUCCAGCACGUCUACCCGCUCCUGCGCCUCACGCAGACCCUCGCGCUCCUCGAGAUCCUGCACAGCCUGGCGGGCCUCGUGCGCGCGCCCGUCACCACCACCGCGAUGCAGGUCGCCAGCCGCAUCCUCCUGGUCUGGGGCAUCAUGUCCCCCUUCCAGGGGCGGAUCGUCGGGGCGACUGCCCUACAAACCGGCGACUACGCCUUCCUGGGCUGCCUGACCGCCUGGGGCGUCACCGAGUGCAUCCGGUACGGGUUCUUCGUGGGUCAGGUCUCCGGGCUCGGCGUGCCGGCGUGGUGGGCCUGGCUGCGCUACAACACCUUCUACGUGCUGUAUCCGUUGGGCAUCGGGAGUGAGUGCGUGAUGGUCGUGCUGGCGUUGGCGCCGGCCGCGGAGAUGGUCGGGCCCGCGUAUUGGUGGUUUUUGGUCGUCGUGUUGGGGAUUUAUGUGCCUGGCUCGUAUAUUCUCUACACGCAUAUGAUUGCUCAGAGACGCAAGGCGUUGAAGAAGAAUUGAUGGGUUGGUUGUGGGUGUGGUUGUUGGUGUGGUGUGGGUUGGUCUGUUUGGAGGGACCGAGAUUUGCCGGAGAGUCCCGUACGGAGGACUGUACACUGCAUGUAUCAAGUGGUAUCACGAUAAUAAGGCGGCACUGCGCUGCGCUGCGCUGUACUGUUGUGCAACAGCACAGAAAGUGGGCGGCGUUGCAUGUUAGACGACCUAGGUAGGUUUGGGGUGAUGUGUAUGUUAUGGUUUCAUGAAUAGAUAUCACAUGUACUGUAUAUGUAGGCAAAUAACGC